AUGGACGGAGCGGCGGAGCCCGAGGCGGACGCGCUGGUCCAGCGGGGAGCGGGGGGCGGCGGCCGCGCCCGCCGGGGCAAUUGGUCUGGGAGUCUUAUUGUAGCCUCCUUAACUGGUGCUUUUGGGUCAUCUUUUCUUUAUGGUUACAAUCUGUCGGUGGUGAACGCUCCCUCAGGGUAUAUCAAGAAGUUUUACAAUGAAACUUGGGAGAGGAGAUAUGGCUUCUCAGUGGAUGAAGGCACACUGACACUCCUCUGGUCCAUAACAGUUUCCAUUUUUGCCAUUGGUGGCCUUGUGGGUGCCAUUAUUGUUACCCCAAUUUUGAAGUUCUUUGGAAGGAAAUGCACAUUGGUGCUCAAAAACGUGUUUGCAGUGGCAGCUGCACUGUUGAUGUCCCUGUCCUUGCUGGCGGGCUCCUUUGAAAUGCUCAUCCUGGGCCGCGUUAUCAUGGGUGUGGAUGGAGGCAUUUCAUUAAGUGCCCUCCCCAUGUAUUUGAGUGAAAUAUCUCCUAAGGAAAUCCGUGGUUCAUUGGGUCAGGUCACAGCGAUUUUCAUUUGCAUUGGUGUUUUCACUGGUCAAGCUUUGGGGGUGCCAGAAAUAUUUGGGCAAGAAUCUCGGUGGCCUUUCUUAUUUGGAGUAAUCAUUGUUCCAUCAUUGAUACAAGUCAUGAUUUUGCCUUUUCUUCCCGAAAGUCCUCGGUACCUCCUACUCGAAAAGCAUAAUAGGAGCAAGGCAGAAAAAGCAUUUCAGAGAUUCCUUGGGAAAGAUGACGUGUCUCAGGAAAUAGAAGAAGUUUUGGCAGAGUCUCGAGCCCAAAGGAACACCAAGAUGGUGUCGGUUGUUCAGCUCCUGAGAACCCGCGCAGCGCGAUGGCAGAUCCUGACCGUGGUCGUCACCAUGGGCUGCUACCAGCUCUGCGGGCUAAAUGCUAUCUGGUACUACACAAACAACAUCUUUAGUGAAUCUGGGAUCAAGCAUGAAACAAUCCCUUAUGUUACACUAAGUACUGGUGGUGUUGAGACUCUGGCUGCUGUUUUUUCUGGCUUAGUUAUUGAACGGCUUGGGCGCAGGCCUCUCCUCAUUGGAGGUUUUGGGUUGAUGAUCAUCUUCUUUGGAGUACUCACUGUCUCCCUGACUUUACAGAACACUGUGCAUUGGCUUCCUUACCUCAGUAUAUUUUGUAUCCUUGCAAUCAUUGCAUCGUUCUGCAUUGGACCAGGUGGCAUUCCCUUUGUCCUCACUGGAGAGCUUUUCCAGCAGUCACAGAGGCCAGCUGCAUUCAUGAUAGCUGGGACAGUCAACUGGCUCUGCAACUUCACAGUGGGACUGCUCUUCCCUUUCAUCCAGGCGGGUUUACAGACCUACUGCUUCCUAGUGUUUGCUGGCAUCUGCUUUGCAGGAGCGGCCUACCUGUUUUUUGUCCUGCCUGAAACAAAAAAUAAGACAUUUCAUGAGAUCAGCCAAGCAUUUGCCAAAAGGAAUAAAGUAGCUUUAGAAAUGCAAGAGAUGAACCACUACCCAGGGGAGAGGAAACCAAGUGAAGAACAAGAAUCAAACUUCACAUCUUCAGUGGACAAUGGGGAAGCCAUAAAAGGGAUUGUGUAAGCCCAGGAUGUUCUUUCAGGCAAUGGGGGAAAGCGUGCUCUUUUCAUUUAUAGCAGCACACAACCUGUAUAUUUUAUGAACAUCAUGAACUGCUUUUCCCUUGAAAAUGUUCUAAGUGAGUAUGGGUGAACUCAUUAGCAGCUGGGGUAACAGUUGAGACAAUGAGGGGUGGGAGGAGAGGCAACUGAUAAAAUAAAUGAGAUGAAGUUUCCUUGGCACCUGCGGAGCAAGUGAUGCAGUGAGUGGGAUGGGGAAUAUAGACUUGGAGAUGUGAAGUGGCAGUGGGGAGCCAGGGUUCUGAGCAGCAGCUGGCUGGGCACCCCUGUAUGCUCACAGGGAGGGGUACAUGCUCCCUCCAAGAGGAGGAGGAGGAGGCAGGGACAAGGGAAGAGAUCCCAGUGGGGGUCUGCUGAGAAGCAAACCUGAAAUAGCACCAGAAUGUUUUUCUCCAUGUUUCCCAAGAUGUCAUUCAAGCUGCCCAUGAGAACUGAAAUGAUGUUUCCCUGAGCUCCCAUUCCUUUUCUAGCUAUUUUGACUUUCAGUUGCAUUGUUUGAACAUCUCCCACCUUCCCACAAAUGGGCAGCUCUGGGUCCUGAUGAGUUUCCUUAUCUCACUUGCAAAUCCUGAUUCACUACUAAUAGAGUUGUCUAUAGUUUCUGGGUUUGCUGGCACUGCAUUUCUCUGAAUAUAUAUAUUUACAUUAUUUUAAUUUUUAAACUUAAAAGGUUUAAUAUGAAAGGAAAACUAAACCUCAUGGGGAAGUGAGAGAACUCUGAUGGUAUGUGCAGGGCAUAGUAUUGAAACAAGAAUUCAAACAUGAAGUGUUGCAAGGGUUGGGGUUUUUUAAUUGUUUUUUUAUUUAUUCCUUUUCUUUUCAAAUUUCUUUUAAAACAAGUCUUAGGAGCCCAAAUUUCUCUGAGACCUGAUAACUUAGUUCUUAGCACUCAGAUCUCUGCAUAGGAAUUUGGUUGCCUAUUACUUUCUUAAACACUAAUUUUUAUUUGGGCAUUAGAUUCUGAAGCAGCAGGCCUAGUUCAUAUUAAUGCAAGUUUCUAAGCUGUCUAAAGCUUUGUAAAACUGCUUGAUUUAAUGAGAGAAAUAUUGAGCAGGUUCUCAGGGGUUCAGCAAACACUUCAUGGGAUUUUCUUCUUAAUGAACAUCAUCUUUACAGUUUGUAAUUUUGAUAACAGUUUUUCUUGAUCCCUCGAAGUACCUGGAUGUUGAGGGGUAACAAGAAUUUUAAAAUUAAAAAACUGUUUUAUAUGAAAAGUCAGUAAGUCUUUGAGCUGCUCUCAGUUAGGAGUAAGACACAAGAAGAAACUGCAGCAUGUAGGUAGAGUCAACUGCUUCCCCAAGUUAUAUUUACUAAUCUAGAAAUUCAUGUAUUUGGAGCAUUUUUGUGAGAAAAUUUGCAUAUAUAUUAAUAUAUGUAUGCAUAUAUGAAUAUACAUAUAUUCCAAAUAUAGAAUAUAUAUUAAUAUUCAAUGGCUUUGUAUUAAUGGCUUUAAUGUGAAAGAGGGUAGCUAGAGACUGGAUAUUAGGAAGAAAUUCUUUACUGUGAGGGUGAUGAGGCACUGGAAGAGGUUGCCCAGAGGAGCUGUGGCU